AUGGCUGAGGGAACUCGGUUCAAAACCCUAGAAGCUGAUCUUCAUCAAUUACAAACCGACCAGGUUCAAACUCGGACGACGGUUGAGCAGCUAGCUUCUUCUCAGGCUCGUCAAGAGAAGAUGUUAGCAGAGGUACUUCAACAGUUGGGCCGUUUACCGUUGAAAGGUCGGAGUGAUUCCGAUUCAGACGUGGAUCGGAAAACAGAGCAUGAGGGAUUUAGUAUCCUUGGUUGCCACAAACCAGCUCCUGUUCUUCAGCCUCGUUUUUCUGGCGCUAAUCCGGAACGUUGGGUGGCUCAAGCAUCACGUUACUUUGAUUUUUAUUCCAUUCCAGAUGCAGAUCGAUUAACGAUUUCUUCAUUCUAUCUGGAUGAUGUUGCUUCUGAUUGGUACGAUUGGCUCCAAUGUCAUCAUCUAUUGACCACUUGGGAGGAGUUUACAAUAGCUCUUCAGAAACGAUUUCGUUCCCCAGAUCUGGAAGAACCUGAAGGGCAACUGGCUAAGCUACAACAAACCUCCACCGUCAGUGAGUACCGGAAUAAGUUUGAGGAGAUCUCGAAUCGCUUGAUUCUCCUGCCUCGGGCGUUUCUGGUGAGUUGUUUUAUUUCCGGUUUACGUCCUGAUAUUAAACAAUCGGUGUUGGUGCACAAACCACAAACCCUAGAUGAUGCCAUGGAGUACGCAUUAAAACAUGAACAGAGGUUACUGCUGGAAAAAGGAGUGGGUCGCGUUUCAUUGGGCUCAUCUAAAGGCCUUUUACCUACUCCAAAAACCACCACUUCAACCACUAGUUCAGUUUCCCCAGCCCAAUUAAAAUCCCUUCCCCCUAAUAUUGGUUUUCGGAAGCUUUCCCCAGCAGAAAUUGCAACCAAACGUUCUCAAGGAUUAUGUUUCAAAUGCGAUGAGAAAUAUAGUUGGGAUCACAAGUGCAAAGCUGGCCCUCAGUUGUUAUUUUUUGAUGAUGAUCCACCAGAUUCCGAUUCCUCCUUGGCUUCCCUUAUCUCUACAGUUUCUGAUGGUACCAUAGCAGAAUCCUUGCAAAUGGAGGAGGCUAAACUCACUCCGCUAUCUCUUAUCAUGCAUUGUCCGAUUUUAUUAGAUGGUGGCAGUACCCAUAGUCUUGUUCAAACGCGUGUUGUCCAUUUCCUGGGCUUAACCAUCGAAUCGAUUUCUCCCUUUUCUGUUUUGGUGGGAAGUGGGGAGCGAUUACAGUGUGCUGGCAUAGCUAAACAAGUGGUAGUUGAGAUUCAAAAUAAGACCAUCACCAUCGAUUUGUUUGUUCUUCCUCUUCAAGGAUGGGACAUGGUAUUAGGGGCUUCUUGGUUGGCAACAUUAGGUCCGGUAAUAACAGAUUAUAAACUUGGUACAUUUGAAUUUCAAUCGGAAGGAAAACGUAUUUGUUGGCAAGGAGAUUCCUCUCCGGUGAUUCAACCAAUUCAGUUUCAUGGUUUCCAACAAUUACUACAUACUCAAAGCAUCGGUCAGCUAUUUCAUCUCCAGCUUAUUCAUCCAUCAUCUCCGGUAUGCUCGGCCAUUCCGCCUGAUUUACAAGCACUGUUGGAUCAGUUUUCCACUGUGUUUCAGCCCCCACAAGGUUUACCUCCUACCCGUGCUAAGGAUCAUGGUAUUACUCUUCUACCAAUGAGUAAACUGGUGUCCGUUCGGCCAUAUCGAUACCCGCAUUUUCAGAAACAAGAAAUCGAACGCUUGGUCGCUGAAAUGUUAGCUCAGGGCAUUAUUCGCCCUAGCACGAGUGCAUUUUCUUCUCCGGUUCUCUUGGUAAAGAAGAAAGAUGGCACUUGGCGAUUUUGUGUGGACUACCGUGCCUUGAACGCCAUCACUGUUCGUGACCGUUUUCCGAUUCCAUCUAUUGAUGAACUCUUUGAUGAGUUAUACAAUGCCAAAGUAUUCUCCAAAUUAGACUUACUAGCUGGGUAUCAUCAGAUUCGGGUUGCUCAAGAUGAUAUUUCCAAAACGGCCUUUCGAACACAUGACGGUCACUUUGAAUUUCUGGUCAUGCCGUUCGGAUUGACGAACGCCCCUUCUACAUUUCAGCGCUUGAUGAAUGAUGUCUUUCGGCCACAUCUUCGUAAGUUUAUUUUGGUAUUUUUCGAUGAUAUCCUUGUGUAUAGCCCAUCGUGGUCGGAUCAUUUGCAACACUUGGCAUUAACCUUACAGCUACUUCGUGAUCACCACUUGGUUGCCAAAAUGUCAAAGUGUGUGUUUGGCCAAUCUCAAGUGGCUUAUUUAGGCCAUAUUAUCUCUGCUCAAGGUGUAUCGGUGGAUCCUUCUAAGAUUGAUGCUAUCUUGCAAUGGCCAACUCCAUCUUCGGUUAAGGACGUUCGUGCCUUCUUAGGCCUCACCGGCUAUUAUAGGCGUUUUAUCCGUCACUAUGCAACUAUUGCCGGUCCCUUAACUGACUUGUUAUGCAAAGAUGCUUUUACUUGGAAUGAGACAACCCAUUCAGCUUUUACUACAUUAAAACAGCUUUUGGGUUCUACACCGGUGUUACGUCUUCCGGAUUUUUCUAAACCAUUCUUCAUAGAGACUGAUGCAUCAGGGGUGGGUAUUGGUGCAAUCCUCUCACAAGACAAACAUCCCUUGGCUUAUUACAGCAAGAAAUUAUGCCCUCGGAUGCAACAAGCGUCUACAUAUCACCGGGAGAUGUAUGCAAUAACUCAAGCUAUCAGCAAAUGGAGGCAAUACUUACUGGGCAAUAAAUUCACCAUUUUGACAGAUCAACAAUCACUAAAGAAUUUGCAACAUCAAGUAAUCCAAACGCCUGAACAACAAAAAUGGUUGGGCAAGUUAUUGGGUUUUGAUUUCGAUAUUUUAUAUCGACCGGGGAAGCUGAAUACGGCCGCCGACGCCUUGUCUCGCAUGCCGGACUCUCAAUUAUUGGCUUUAUCGUCUCAAGAGCCAUCCUUGCUUAAAGACAUCCACCGCGCCAAUCUAUCUGAUUCCGAGGCUCAAACUAUCAUUCACCAGCUUACUAAUGCGCCAUCAUCAGCUCCAUUUCAGCUUCGAGAUGGAUUGCUGUUUUACAAUAAUCGUUUAUUUGUGCCGGCCACAUCUAACCUCCGUUCUCAGUUACUAUUGGAGUUUCAUGCCUCGAUGGUAGGAGGACAUGCAGGUGUUAACCGUACUUUUCACCGGUUAAGCUCGAAUUUUUAUUGGCCCCGAAUGCGAGCUGCUGUCUCUCAAUUUAUUGCUGAGUGUCAGGCAUCGGCUCAAAUGACGCCUUUCGAGAUUGUCUAUGGCCGAAAACCGCCCACUAUACACCGUUACAUUCGGGAUGCUACAACUAAUGCAGCUCUGGAACAACAGUUAUUGGAUCGUGAUAAUAUUCUUGCCAUACUCAAAAUAAACCUCGCAAAAGCUCAGACACCCCGUAUUCAUCCUGUCUUCCAUGUUUCUUUGCUUCGCAAAUGUCUUGGUCAACCAACACAACAAGUCACUCCUUUACACUUGGUUGAUUCUACCACCACUAUGCUGCUAUUGCCUCAACAAAUCCUGGAUCAUCGUACCAUUAUUCGUUCAGGUCAAACAGUGGCCCAGAGUUUGGUUCAGUGGGAUGGCCUUCCUUCUAUAGAAGCUACCUGGGAAGACGAUUGCUUACUGCGUCUUAAAUUUCCAGAAUUCCACCUUGCGGACAAGGUGACUCUUGAUGGGGAUGGUACUGUUAUGGAUACCGGGUCAGCACACCUACGGAGAAGCCAACAAGUCAGGCAACCUUCUAGAAGAAUGCAAGGUUAUGCAUGGAAAGACACCUCAGCACCAGAUCCAACAAACUCUUAA